AUGUCCGAUGCUUCCGACGGUCUCGUGCAAUGGCUUGAACGGAUUUAUCAGCGGCUGACCGAAUAUCGGGUUGACGCCUAUCUGGUUCCCUCUUCCGAUGCCCACCUGAACGAAUACGUGCCAACCUACCAGUGCCGCCGCGCCGCCAUCAGCGGCUUUGCCGGGUCGGCGGGCGACGUGUUGCUGUCGCCGCAUGGGAAUCACCUGUUCGUGGACUCGCGCUACCACCUGCAGGCCGAGCAGGAAGUCGAUACCGAUCAGUUCCGUGUCCACAAGGUUGGAUUGGCCGACGCCUAUACCCUGAAGGGCUGGCUGACGGAAAUGGAGAAGCAGCGCGGGACGCUGCGGGUUGGCUUCGAUCCGUUUCUGCACCCCAUGGCGUCCCAUGUGUCCUACGCUGCGGCCCUGUCGGCGUCCGGUUCGGCCUUGGUACCGAUCAACGUCAAUCUGAUUGACGAGGUGUGGGAGGACCGCCCGCCGGCGCCAGCGCAACCGAUCUACGCUCUGCCCGAUGAAGUGACGGGCCGUCCGGUCGGCGACAAGCUGGCGGCCAUUCGCCAACGGAUGACCGAGGCCGGAGCCGCGGCGCUGAUCGUCACGAAGCUGGACGAGAUCGCCUGGAUCACCAACUUGCGGGGCAGCGACAUUGCCUACAAUCCGGUGUUCGAGUCCUACCUGAUCGUCGAGAGCGAGCGUGCUACCUGCUUCACCCGCGCCACACCUUCUGCGGCCCUUCGGCAGGAGCUUGCGGGCCAUAUCGAUUUCCAGGCUUAUGAGGCUUACCCCCAGGCGGUGCGACAGUUGGAGAUACCGGCCGGACAGGCGGUGUGGCUCGACCCGACGGUACGACGAUGGGCACGCGCUUGCUGCUGCCGGAGACGGUGCGCGUUCAUGAACGCCGCAACCCCGUGGUGGCGAUGA